UGUAGAACUGCAGCCACAAUGACAAGCUUGAUUCUCCUCACAGAUAGAUGUUAUUUAUCGUGUUAUUCAUUAACAUUUGGUGGUUAUGUUAUCUGAUAUUUGUAUGCUGUGUGUUUGAAUAGUGAAUUUUAUAUUUGUUUUAUUUUCCAGGCACUUUCCUGUUAUUUAUUCAUCUUGGUUCAACCUAUCAGCUAAUAUGCUACUUCACCAACUGGGCGCAGUACAGAUUUGAUCCGGCAAAGUAUGUGCCUACCAACAUUGAUCCCUUCCUGUGCACACAUCUGAUCUAUGCAUUUUCCAAGAUUAACUCUUCAAAUCAGCUGGCCACCUCUGAGUGGAAUGAUGAGACUCUCUACCAAUCAUUCAAUAGUCUGAAGCAAAGUAAUCCAAGCUUGACGACACUUUUGGCUGUUGAAGGAUGGAACUUUGGUGACUUUGGUUCAACUCAAUUCUCUGAAAUGAUGUCCACACAAGCAAACAGAAAUACAUUCAUCCAGUCCUCCAUCAGCUUUCUCAGAAAGUAUGAUUUGAUGGUCUGGAUCUAGACUUGGCAUAUCCGGGAGCCCGCGGCAGUCCUCCAGAGGACAAGCAAAGAUUCACUCUGCUCUGUCAGGAGCUUUGACAGGCCUAUGAGGCUGAAAGCAGUGCUACAGGACGUCCCCGGCUUAUGGUUACAGCUGUAGUAGCUGCUGGGAAAUCAGCUAUAGAUGGUGCAUAUGAAAUUCCUCAGAUUGCCCAGUACCUGGACUUCAUUAAUGUGAUGACUUAUGACUUUCAUGGAUCUUGGGAGAGUAUCACUGGUCACAACAGUCCUCUGUAUCAAUGGUCUCAGGAAACAGGAAAUGGAAUUUACCUUAAUACUAAUUAUUCAGUGACAUACUGGAAGGAUCAGGGUGCUCCAGUGGAGAAGCUGAGGAUGGGUUUUGCUACAUAUGGCAGAACAUUCCAACUGUCAUCUACAGCAAGUGGCUUGGGAGCUCCAACAAGUGGCCCUGCUUCCGCUGGCACUUACACCAAACAGGCAGGCUUCUGGUCUUAUUAUGAGAUCUGCAGCUUCCUUCAAGGAACCAGCAUACAGUGGAUCCAAGAUCAAAAAGUACCUUAUGGCACAAAGAGUGAUUGGUGGGUUGGCUUUGACACCAAAGAGAGCUUUAAUAUAAAGGUGACCUAUCUCAAAGAUAAUAAGUUGGGAGGGGCCUUUGUGUGGGCUCUUGAUCUGGGCAAUUUUAGUGGACAGUUCUGUGGACUGGGAAAAUACCCUCUCAUCAGCGAGCUCAAGAAACAGCUAACCAGUGCUUCUACUGCUCCUCCUACUGCAGCUCCUACUGCUCCUCCUACAGAAGCUCCUACUGCAGCUCCUACAGAAGCUCCUACUGCUCCGCCUACUGCAGCUCCUACUGCUCCUCCUACAGAAGCUCCUACUGCAGCUCCUGCUGCUCCUCCUACAGAAGCUCCUACUGCAGCUCCUCCUGCAGCUCCUACUGCUCCUCCUACAGAAGCUCCUAUUGCAGAUCCUGCUCCUGCAGUUCCACCUAGGUACUGUAAAGCCAAGAAAGAUGGAACCUAUAAAAAUCCUUUCAACAAACAAUCUUUCAUCCAGUGUGUUGAUCGCAGGGAAAUUGUACACCUCUGCCCAGCUGGCACUACCUACAAUAAGCACUGCCAAUUUUGCAAAUAACCAUAAACUGCCACAAGUUUACUGAACACAUGAUGUAGACAUGAUUUUAAAAUACAUUUGUAACAGAUAAUAUAACAGCACAGCAUUGCUUGAACAUAGUUACACAUAUAGCUUGAAGUCAAUCCCAAAGAGUCUCAAUUCACUGAUUCCAGACACAGAAACUAAGAUUCAGCCCCAAAGUUUGGGACUCGAUUCAGUACACUGAAAAUCAUUCGCCUCAUGCAAACCCUGCUAACAAAAUUAAUUUAGUAUUGGAGUGUUUCAGUUAGCUAAUAGAUAUUUAUUUUGUCUUUAUUUUGAUAUUUGUUAUUGGAAAUAUAAAGUUGAACAAAUAAGGGUUCAAAAAUGCAGAUAUAUACACUCAUUGUCCACUUUAUUAGGAAUACCUGUACACCCACACAUUCAUGCAAUUAUCUAAUCAGCCAAUCAUGUGGCAGUAGAACACAUUUGGUUCCACUCCUGUCAACCAAGAACAGCAAUCUGAGGCUAACAUGGGCACAGACUCACCCAAACUGGACAGUUAUAGAUGAAGGGGGUGGGGAGGAAUCACCUGGUCUUUUUCAAGUCUUCAGUUGUCCAGCUUUGGAUAUUUUUUUUCUGCAUUUUGACAUUAUCUUAACCAGCUUCAUGAGGCAGUCAUCUGGAAUUCUUUUCAAUUAACAGAUGUGUCUUGUCAAAACUUAAUAGUGGAAUUUAUUACCAUCUUAAUGUGUUUGAGAUCAUCAAACAGUAAAUAGUAAAUAAUAAAAAUACAGUAAAUAUCCCAAUUCAUCAACUGUAGUAAUCCGUAUUAUGUCAAGAACUGCUCAACUAAGUAAAGAGAAACGACAUCCAUCAUUACUUUAAGACAUGAAGUGGUUUUUAAUUAAUAAAACUAAAGAGCAAACAUUGAAUUAAAUGUGUUCAAA